AUGCUUGGAUUCGUGGUUGGGUUUAUAAUAGGGCUCCUGUCCUUCCCAGUGGUUUACUGUCUAUCUCCAAGAGCUGUUGUUGAGGUUAACAAGAAGAAGAUGCUGAGAAUAAGCAACAGGAGCAAAGGAGUUGAGAUUAAUGACGAGCAGAUGAGGACUGUGAUUAGGAGCAUGCACAGGUGUAAAGACACCCACUGGGUCAAUGCUGUUCUCCAGAGGCUCUACUUUGAGAUUUCGAGGUCAUAUGCCAUCGAAGGCAGGAUCAAGUCCCUGAUACUGAAGAGAUUCGAAGCCUCGGGGAUUGGCAAGUACUUCAAAAGCAUUGACGUUGUUGAAGUGGCUUUAGGCAAGGAGGCACCAUAUGUAGAGAGCAUUCAAGUGGUUUCGGACGACGACAUACGCAGGAUCAUUUCCGAGGAAGACCAUAAGUGCAUAGACAAUGAAGAAGAAAAGCUGCUCCUUCUUGAGGAUGAGAUCAAGAAAAGCCUGGAGCUUGGAGACGAAGCAUUUGGGGAGGAGGAUGGUUGUGCAAUUGCCUCUGAUGAGAGUCCCUUGCCCGAAGAGGCGGGGGAUGUCAGCAUAGAAGCAGAAAUGGAUGCAGGUAGCAGAGGAAAGCGUGCAUCGACGGUAUCUCCGAAUUUCCUCAAGUCUUGCUUUACUUCACAGGAUAAAGAAGCAAGCAGAAUGACGUUUUCGCAGAAAGUUUUCGAAAGACUUCAGGUCCUAGUGGGGAUCAGAUACAAGGGAGGAGCCCAGAUUUCUCUAAGUCUGGAGCUUCCGAAGAGGAUAACUCUCAAGACCACUAUACUUGUCAAUGGGGUGAAAGGAGAUGUUCUUGUCAGAAUCCCAUCCAAAGACUAUGAUACAAGAUAUGAAUACUGCUUUCUGUCCAAGCCAGCCCUUUCUAUCACCGUGGAGUCUGGGAUAUCCAGGGAGAUAGGAAGGCUUUACUUCAGAAAGUCCAUCUCCAACUUCAUAGAGAGAUACAUAAGACAUCUGGUGUCGAGGACUAUGGUCUAUCCGCUAUGGAGCGGGCAGUAUCUUCCAUUUAUUGUUCCUCCGAUUAAGGAUGUGGUGCACAAGAUUGAGAAGGUAACCCUAGAAAACCACAGUGUGCAGAUUCCGCAAAUAGUGGAGAGCAUUCUUCUUUACUCCUCGAUGGACUACAAGAUUGUGGAGGUUGAUGGGGAUGUAGUGUACAGAAAUACUGGAUAUCUCAUCAAUGGAAGAGAAAGGAUACUUUGUACACACUUCCCCAUUCCCAGGUCAUCCCUCAAGGUCUCACAUUUUAUGGGAAAGAAUAGGCUUUUCAGGGGCCUGACACUACAGGAGAGUAAGAUUAUGAAUCAGCUGUAUGGGUGGACAAUCUUUUCUGACGUGAUCCUGAGAUUCCGGGGGCUUUGGAUGAAGAGCUUACUCACUCCCGACUCGUCCUUGGUUGAGCUUGUGUUUGAGGGGGAGAGAUACGAGUUUGUAAGAAUUGUUGUGAAGAACAGCCUGGUUUUCCAAAGAAACGAUCCAAAGAAUCCGGAGUUUAUUGUUUUCAGGAUAGUCGAUGAGGUUCUUUAUAUCUACCAAUAUGUAGUAACUGAGCAUCUGAUGAUAAAUAAGAGAAGGAUAUCCAAGCUGAGGCAAAAGCUGGACUUUAGGCCGUUUAAGGCGCUUGGAUCGACGUCUCUGUACAAGCUGAUCAGGUUCUCCAAGAAGAUGGUGCUCGACUAUAUCAAAAAGCCCCCGAAUGAAAUGACUGAGGCAACUAUGGAAUCUCCUUCCGUCGAGAAAAAUGAGGAUGCGAAGACAGAGUUGGUAGAGAUCUUUGAGGAUAUAAAGAACUCUUUUUCGGAGGAAGAGUAUUAUUCGAAGAAAAUGUGCUCAAAGGCGCCUUUUGAGUCGAUAUAUAGGGUUCUGUCGCAGGACGAGGUGCGGAUCAAGCUGUUUUCGGAAGACUGCGGGAUAUAUACGGUCAUUAACGAGGCAGACAACAUUCGCAGCAUUGUCAUUGAGUGCGGAGUGCAGAGCAGGAGCAGCCCUCCCGUCUUGCAGGCAAGCUCUUGUUCGGAUGCGACUUUAGAGGUGGAAGAAGACUUCAUAAUUCACUCUUACUUUGACGGAGACAUCAUCAUUGAUGUAAAGUUCGGGAAGGAAAAGGAGGUUUUGAUAUACAAGGUAGUAAAGAUGGGAGAGAGCCUGUACGGAUACAACUCGAAAAUAGUCCUUUACUACAGCAAAUCGAUGAACCUUCGGUUUCCAAACUACUUUGUGGAGGCCUUCCAGCUGAGAAUAAGGCAGGACGAGUACCUAGGUAUCGCGUCUGAGUGCCCGUACUCUACAUCGUUUGUCGAGAAGGAGUUCAGAAAAGAGGUGGAGAUAAGUAAAGGUGCCAUGUACAUUGAGUUCUAUACCGAUGUUCCAGACGACUACUCUCUCACAGUCCACGAGCUUUCGACUGGAGAUCUGGUGUACGACAUAUAUAAGAUAAUUACCUCCAGGAAAGCAAGGAUAGUUCUUCCUGUUGUGAAAGAAAGGGAAGUAUUUGCCAUUGCCCUUACUCCGAAGUUCAACCGGAACAGAAGGAUCCACCACAGAAUCCUUUCUCUUCCCGAGCAAUUCUCUACAGAGACCUUAGUUGAUUGCAAUAUCGGGCUGUCGAGGAACAUGAAGUUCUACUGUCCGAUAUCUGGCAGGACGGACUCGGUGAUAUUCUGGGAAAAGGCUAACGAUGAUGAGGUCAAGGGAUACAUAGAAAAUAGCGAUACAAAGAUAAUGAUAUCGAAGAAUGGGACCAUGAGAACAGACAACAGAGAGUAUAACAUCUACUACAAAAACAAAGGGGAGAAGAAGAGGGAGAUAAGGGUGUUCUUGGGGAUAAGCCUAAGAAGGACGUAG